GUUUUUACUGUUAACGUGAUAAGCAAUAUGUAUGGUCGAUGUAUUUGAGAAUCAGUUAAUGAACCGUUUAGUCACCGGUACUCUCAUUUUUUCCUCAUUUAAUACCAUUUAGUUCAAAUUAGUAUAUAAAUCGAAAAAUAAAUAUCUUACACAUAUUUUCCCCACAGUUAUCUGUUCAUCAUUCAGUGACCAUAAUGAAGACUUUGGUUGUAGCAUUAGCAUUGGCAUCAGCUAUUUUGGCUGAGCCAGGCAUACUUGGGGACAUGAUAAGAGGCGUACGUGGUGAUGAUGGACAAGUAUACACGUCAGACGGUAAAGAUGACGGUGUACGAUCAAGGGGACGUCGCCCACUGACAGGUAUGGGGGGUAGAGAUUCAGUGAGGGAUAGAGAUGUGGAUGGUAUGGGUGGUACGGGACGCAGAGAAGGAAUGGACGGUAUGACUGGCGGUAUGGGUAAUAGACGAAGGCCAGGUGGUAUGGGAAUGAUGGACGAACAAGAAGGCAUGGGAAGCAUGGGAGGAACAGGACGCAGAGGAAAUACGGGAGGACGAGGGGAUAUGGGAAAUAUGGGAGGGCCCGGAGGUAUGGGAUACGAUGGUAUGGGAGGUAUGGGAGGUACGGGAGGUAUGGGUGGUAUGGGUAUGGGAUAUAUGCCUGGUGGUUAUGGUUAUUCACCUGCUUCUCAAUAUUUUGCAUCCAUGGGUGUAAUUCCAACUGGAAAUGGGUACUGUAGCUGCCCACCACAAUUGCAGAUGUAUCCAGACGGUGUAGGAUUUAGGGGACGACGCCCACUGACAGGUAUGGGGGGUAUAGAUUCAGUGAGGGCUAGAGAUAUGGAUGACAUGGGUGGUAUGGGAGGGCCCGGAGAUAUGGGAUACGAUGGUAUGGGAGGUAUGGGAGGCAUGGGAGGUAUGGACGGUAUGGGAGGUAUGGGAGGUAUGGGUGGUAUGGGUAUGGGAUAUAUGCCUGGUGGUUAUGGUUAUUCACCUGCUUCUCAAUAUUUUGCAUCCAUGGGUGUAAUUCCAACUGGAAAUGGGUACUGUAGCUGCCCACCACAAUUGCAGAUGUAUCCAGGUGGUGGUCCAUAUGGUGGUCCAUAUGAUGGUCUAAAUGGUGGUCCAUAUGGUGGUCCAAGUGGUCGUCCAUAUGGAGGAAAUAAAUUUGGAUCCAAAGAAGGCUCAAUGCGUGGCAUGUAUACUGAUAUAUUCAGACCAAUAUACAGGUAACCAGAAUACGAUAUGUUAGAUUAUCCUAGAUAUAACGGCGCUCGUUCAAGAUCUUUUUUUAACGGAUGUGGUAAAUAAUAAAACAGUGGACAAUUUUUAGACUGAGAAGACAGACUUCAAUUUUUAUAUAAUUUUGUCCUGACGAAAAAUUGUGUUUUGAAUACCUACUUAUUUAUUAACCAUGUCUUGUUUAAAGAAGGAAAUAAAAAAUAUACAAAAGUGUAACACACAUAUUUGAAUGUUAGAUAUUCAUUUUAACCCUCCGUUAGUCGCUAUCGGUGUCACACACCGACGACAGAAUUAUUCAUUCGGGAUUUACAAAAUAACUGGUUUUUUCUAUCGCCACUUUCUGUACCUCCUCCUAUCAACUACGUGUUAGUAUA